AUGUCAGACAACUUAUCAGUCAAAAUCGAUUUGCCAAAUGGUGAAUCUUAUAUCCAACCAACAGGUUUAUUCAUCAAUAAUGAAUUUGUUGCAGCUAAAUCAGGUGAAUUCAUUGAAUCAAUAAAUCCUGCAACUGGUGAAAUCAAUGCAAAAGUUCAUGCUGCAGGUAAAGAAGAUGUUGAUAUUGCAGUUGCUGCUGCUAAAAAAGCCUUUAAAUCUUGGAAAAAACGUGCUGGCACUGAUAGAAGAGAUUUAUUAUGGAAAUUAGCUGAAUUAGUUGAUAGAGAUCGUGAAAUUUUGGCAUCUUUAGAAGCUCAUGAUUCUGGUAAACCAAGAGAUACUAAUGCCAUCUAUGAUAUUGAUGAAGUUAUUGAUAUGUUGAAAUAUCUUGCAGGUUGGGCUGAUAAAUUAACUGGGAAGACUAUUCCAACAAAUCCUGAAAAAUUUGCUUAUACAAUUCAUGAACCAUUAGGUGUUGUUGGUUGUAUUAUCCCAUUCAAUUAUCCUUUAGCUAUGUUUGCAUGGAAAAUCACAUCGAUUGCUGCUGGUAAUACAGCAAUUUUCAAAUCUGCUGAACAAACUCCUUUAAGUAUAUUAUAUUUUGCAAAUUUAUUCAAAGAAGCAGGUUUCCCACCAGGUGUGGCAAAUGUCAUUUCAGGUACUGGUGCCAUUGCAGGUAACGCAUUAGUGGAACAUUUAGAUGUUGCUAAAAUUGCAUUUACAGGUUCAACUAAAACUGGUCAAUUGAUUCAAAAAAAUGCUGCAAUAAAUUUAAAAGCCCUAACUUUGGAAUGUGGUGGUAAGACUCCAUUAAUCGUUUUCAAAGAUGCUGAUUUUGAACAAGCUGUUAAAUGGACUGCAUGGGGGAUUUUCAAUAAUAUGGGUCAAAUUUGUACAGGUUCUUCAAGAGUUUAUGUUGAAGAACCAAUUUAUGAAGAAUUCUUGGAAGCUUUGAAAAAACAUGUUAUUGAAGAAUAUCCUCAAGGUGAUCCAUUUGAUUCCAAGGCAGUUGUGGGACCACAAGUUUCAAAAGCUCAAUAUGAAAAAAUCUUAGGUUAUUUGAAAUCUGGGAAAGAAGAAGGUGCAAGAGUUGUUUUAGGUGGUGAUAAAUCCACUGAAUUUGGUAAUGGUUAUUAUAUCCAACCAACCAUAUUUGCAGAUGUUAAGCAAAAUUUUAAGAUUGUUCAAGAGGAAAUCUUUGGACCAGUUGUUUCAAUUGGUAAAUUUAAUACAGUGGAAGAAGCUGUUGAAUUAGCAAAUGAUUCUGUUUAUGGAUUAGGUGCUUCAAUCUUUACACAAGAUAUUACAAAAGCUCAUACAGUUGCUCAAGAUUUAGAAGCUGGUAUGGUUUGGAUCAAUUCAAAUAAUGAUUCAGAUGUUAAAAUCCCAUUUGGUGGUGUUAAAUUAAGUGGUUAUGGUAGAGAAUUGGGUGAAUAUGGUAUGCAUGCCUUCACUCAAGCAAAAGCUGUCCAUGUUAAUUUAGGUAUGAAAUUGUAA